AUGAAUGUUGAACAGUACGUACUAUAGUCUACAGUUGAAUCUUACAAGUGCCAAUCUGAAGAUCCGUAUUUCAUUAAUAAACAGUUUUCAUUUAACAGAACUUUGAUCGAAAUGAAGUUUUUAGUAGUGGUUUGUUGCAUCUUAUCGGUGACAGCGGUGCACUCGGCCCCAACGCACGGAUUCGUAACUCCGGUGAUCCUGCCCAAAGUGCACGUGGCGUCUCCAGACGUAACAGUGGUCAGACAACCAUACGUCGUACAACAAACCGAGCCGGUGUUCAGACACGUUUACUAUCCUGCCGACCCGGUGCCGUUUUCGUACGUGCAUUCGCAUCAAGUGCAAACCUACCAUCAACACCCCGUCGUCACGGCUUACCAGACCGCACCUUACGCGCCAUCCGUCGGCUACGUCGUUUGAAUUUUGGCGUUCAAGUCGACAUCACGAAAUCCAUCGUCAUAAUAUUAUACUACGCUGGCAUACCACCUAGCUACAUAUUCACGUACCCGUAAAUUAUAUGAUACAUCGUCCUUUGAUGACGUGUUGCACGACGACAAGGACGACGGAAAUAAUAUUGAUUGUACACACAUUUUACAAGGAAGAUUAUCAUUAAGUUAUCUUGACAUCGCGCAUAGAAUCUGUAUUAUAAUGUCCAAUGUAUUUACGACAGGUACCGUGAUAUAUACGUGAAUAAUAAAAUGCUAAAACGUUUUUCAUUUA